AUGUACCCUCAGCCUCAUGCCGUACUCGUCAGUUGGGUCUCUCUCUCUCUCUCUCUCUCUCUCUCUCUCUCUCUCUCGAUUUCCAUUACCAAUUUCUUUGCUCUGAUUCUUCUUCUCGAUCAUUCGCUCACUCAAUCGCUAGGAAUCAUGAACAGCGAAGAAGAGAAAAGGUGUCCUUUGUGUGCAGAAGAGAUGGAUUGGACUGAUCAACAAUUGAAUCCCUGCAAAUGUGGUUACAAGGUGUGUGUCUGGUGUUGGCAUCACAUAAUGGAUAUGGCAGAGAAAGAUGCAACAGAGGGGCGCUGUCCUGCAUGUAGAACACCUUAUGAUAAAGAUAGAAUUGUAGGGUUGGAAUCAAAUUUUCAGAGGGUGGCUACCAAUAGUUCAAACCGAAAACAAAAACUAACAAAGGCAAAACCGAAACCAAAUGAAGUAAGGAAAGAUCUUAGCAAUGUUCGAGUAAUUCAGCGAAAAAUGGCAUAUAUCAUUGGACUCCCUCUUGAUCUUGCUGAUGAAAAUUUAUUGCAACGAAAAGAUUAUUUUGGGCAAUAUGGAAAAGUCACAAAAGUUUCCCUUUCUCGGACAGCUGGCGGGACUCUCCAGCAGUUCACUAACGACACUUGCAGUGUAUAUAUUACUUACUCAAAAGAAGAGGAAGCAGUAACAUGUAUUCAGUCUGUUCAUGGUUAUGUCUGGGACGGUAGGCUUUUAAGGGCAUCAUUCGGGACUGCAAAGUAUUGUCAUGCCUGGUUAAGGAACAUGCCUUGCAACAAUCCUGGAUGUUUAUACCUGCAUACUAUUGGUGCUGAUGAGGAUAGCUUUGGUAAAGAUGAAGUAGCUGCAGUUCAUACUAGGAAUAGAGUACAAGAAAUAGUUGGUGGGACCCAUUAUACACAUAGGCGAUCCGGAAGUAUGUUACCGCCACCUGUCAUUGACCAAUCAUAUAACCACACUGACCCGAAAGUAGUUUCACCUGAUGAGCCAAUUAAAUCAUCCAAAAACAUGGCAACUUUUGUGGAUAUUGUUGGAAGGGGGUCGAGUAAUACAAGUUCUAAUAAAGAUGUGAAUUCUGUUGAAGAAGAAGAGGAAGAGGAAGAGGAAGAAGAAGAUAAAUCAGAUAGUUAUGUGGAUGAAGAAGAUAAUCAUAAUAUAGUGUCUAUAGAGGAGGCCCCAUUAUGUAAGAAUGAUGGGUAUAAUGAGAAUGAGAUGAAAUUUGAGAAUUUGGCUAAGUCAGAUAGGAUUUACAGAGAGUCUAAUUCUUUUUCUAAUGAAGAGAUUGUGGAGCAUUUGAGAAGGGUUGAGGUGAAUAAUGAUGAAAAUUCUGCUGAUGUGGAGAGUAGUAUAAUAUCGGAUAUUUUGUCGAUUGAUUUGGAUGGAUGUGAUAAUUCAGUAGCUGGAUUGUUUGAAGCAAGAGAUGGAAGGCAACAUAGUGAUCAAUCCAGAUUCUCUUUUGCCAACCAACAUAUUGACAUUGGAUCUAGGGCACAGAAGUUGAUACCACCGGGAUUCUCCAUGCCCAGCAAACCACCUCCUGGUUUCUCGUGCAUAAGAACUGAUCAGGCUCAGACUGUUGCUGCUAGCUCAGGGAAUUAUUUCAGGGGUAUGCCAAACAGUCACUAUCGCACACCAUCAUUUGGGAAUCUAAGCAACAGCAGCAGCAGCGAUGAUGUUAUUGAUAUGAUGAUGGUUGGUGGAGGGAAACCCUUGACAAAUUCCUCCUAUUCAUUUGAUGACUGGCAUUUCAAUUUCAUGACACAACAACAACAAUCUGCACCUACUACUGCCACCACCACCACCACCACCACCAAUACCAUACAGCCACAGCCACACCAGAUAAUUCCUCAGUUUCCUUCUUCACAUGAUGAUUUUUAUGGUGGUCUUACUUCUGGGCUAAUGAAUCUUGAUCUACAUCACCCAUCUUUAUACAACACCCAAUCCCAAUCCCAACAACAACAAUACUCACUUUCACAGCUGAAAUUUGGAAAUGCUUAUCAGUUUCAAGAUGCUCAACUUCAACAACAACAACAUGAUCCUAGAAACGAGGUAGAAAGGUUGGGGUUUGAGAGCAGAUUUUUACCAAAUUAUGGUGACUAUAUGUUCCAAAUGCCUAAUUCGGGAGAUGUAUACAACACCCACACGCACACCCACACCCACACCCACACCCGGGUAUUUGGAAUGUAAAGAAUUCUUCUUUCACCUUCUCAGACAAAACUUCUUUUAGUUUUAUCAAAUGAAAUGAGCACAGACAGACAGGU